UCAUUUACUUAAAAUUUCCUGAUUGGAUGCUUAGUAUAGAGAUCUACUGGAAAUAGUUUACGGCCUCCAAGAUUGUAAUUACAUUUCCUAUUUUACUGACUCUAAGUUAAUGAAACUUAAAGAAGAAGACUGCUUGUAACCUGUAGCUGUAGGUUCCUAUCUCAAUAUCUAAUUACUUUUAUGCCCCUAAUUUUGUCAUCUAAUCUUUUAUAUAAUAAUCUCUCAAUUUGAUAUAAGGUUUGCAGUAUGUCUACACGGAACAUGUCAAGGGGAAUAUUACUCAGGGCUAAGGAUCUCUACAGGGAACCCCAGCAACCCACGUCUCUUGUUAGGUCCAUUGGUGGCAGAUGGGCUGGGCUUGUGGCCUGGUGGGCCCAUGACCCAACCUCAGAGAAGCGGAAAAGUGGCUUUGGGAACCGUAGUUUGAGCCAAUCCUUCCAAGCGAUUCUCAGUGAGGCGAGAUGGGGUCAGGGACUGGAGACCCUGCUGCUCAUGGAGGAGACCCUAACACUAACCCUAACCCUAAUGGCGGCCGAGACGGAGGAGCGCCGGUGGCGAAGAAGGUGGUGGUGGUGAUGGGAGCGACGGGGGCCGGGAAGUCGCGUCUGGCGAUCGACCUGGCCACCCACUUCGCCGGCGUGGAGGUCGUCAACGCCGAUUCCAUGCAGGUCUAUCGAGGCCUCGAUGUCCUCACCAACAAGGUUCCUCUCUCGGAACGCAACGGUGUUCCACACCAUCUCCUGGGCACCAUUGACGCGUCCGUGGAAUUCACUUCCAAGGAUUUCCGCGAUCUUGCCAUUCCCAUUAUAGAUGACAUAUUAUCUCGUGGCUGCCUUCCUGUUGUUGUUGGGGGGACGAAUUACUAUAUCCAGUCUCUCGUGAGCCCAUUCCUUAUAGAUGAUGUUGUGGAAGAUGUAGCGUCAUGUUCUAUGAGUGACUCUCGGGGUGAACUACGAGAAGACCUUGACAGUGUUGAUUCAACUGCUAGCUUCGAUCGUCUUAAGGAGAUUGACCCAGUUGCGGCAAACAGGAUCCAUCCCAAUGACAAUAGAAAAAUAAACCAUUAUAUCAGCUUGUAUGCGAGCUCAGGUGUCCUGCCUAGUAAUCUUUUUCAGGGAGAGGUUGCAGAGAAGUGGGGACAUGCUGAUAAUUUCAGAUAUCACUGUUGUUUUAUAUGGCUGGAUGCUUCCCUUCCUGUUCUGGAUGGAUAUGUUAAACAGAGAGUUGAUUGCAUGAUUGAUGCUGGUUUGUUGGAUGAAGUCUAUGAUAUAUACCAUCCAGAAGCAGAUUAUACUCGGGGUUUGCGGCAGGCUAUUGGUGUUCGUGAAUUUGAGGCAUUCUUUAGAUGCUACUUCUCUAAGAAAGAGGAUGGCGAGGCCUGCAGACUGGACUUCUCAGACAGUUUGCAUUCCGAUGAUGACCUCAAGAUUUUCUUAGAUGAAGCCAUUGACAAGCUAAAAGCCAACACAUGCAAGCUUGCCCGUCGUCAAAAACGAAGGCUUAAUCGGUUGAAGACAUUUUUUGGAUGGGACUUGCUUCAUAUCGACGUGACAGAAGCCUUAUCUUACAGUGCAGGUGAUUCGUGGCAAACAAAAGUUGUUGAACCUUGUGUUAAUAUUGUCAGAACUUUCUUGUUUGAGAGAGCUAAUUCCUCGACUGGCACGGCAAUGGUUGGUAAUGUUCAGUGCCCGAAGCUGGUUUCAAGAGACUUGUGGACGCAGUAUGUCUGUGAGGCCUGUGGCAAUCAGAUUCUUCGAGGAGCACAUGAAUGGGACCAACACAAACAAGGCCGUCGACAUCGAAAGAGAAUCCUUCGGUUAAAGAAGAAAUCUCCACAAGUUCCUGCUUAGCAGAUCAGCAGCAGCAUCCGACAACUAGGGUUUCAUCAUGUUUUACAAGAUCCCUUGCUCCAGCAUCUGCUGAUCGGUCUUUGUAGCUUCUCUGCUGCAAGAUGCCAAACAUAAUAGCUGUUAUGAUGGUUUGAAUUUGAACGGAGAAAAGUAGUAUUCUCAUGGUCAUUCUACAAAAGUCCGUGGUACAUGCCUUCCAUGUCUUUUUGGCAAGCGAGGCUGCUUGGUGUACACCUGCCGAACUAUAUGGUGGUUAAAUAUGUGUGCGUAUUUUUCAUUUGACCUUGAUAAGACCAAUUUAUGUGGCAUGAUACUGUCAUGGGUACAUGGUCUGCUCGCACAUAGCAGUAGAUUGAGCGAUUCUCAUAUGCUGCUGUUUUUCAUCAAAUCCAACUGGCCUUUUAUUCUCUUGUUCUUUUGGGUUGCUGAAGAAAAAUGUAGUUGUAAAGAAAAACCCUCUUUCUAAUAUAUGGUAUACUCGUAAGAUUCAUAU